AUGGACACCAUCCUGCCUCUCCAAGAUUGGCUCAAGUUGCUCAACUCUAGAGGUUGCGACAUGAGGGCUGCUAUGUCUCUCGCCGCCAAGAUUUACAACUCACAUAACACCAAAUCCCGUCUGGUUCAACUAGACGCCAAAAAGCUAUCUUCCAUUCUUACUGAUAAAGACCAGCGCAAGGCUGUAAUCAAUGCCGUCCGAGGAUUAGGGACGAAUGAUUCCCCAUCGAAGAAACGUACGAGAGAUAGCGAUCUCCUGGAGCCUUUACAAUCCUCUGUGGAGUCUGAUCUACCUCAGUCGUUGACUUUUGACGAGGUGAGAGAUCCAGAGUCACUCAUCCCUCUGACAGUAACAACCAAUCGAGCUCCCGUCAAAACCGCUUGGGUCUUCGUAGUAGCCCAACGAAUGGGAUUUGACACACAAGAAUCUCUCUCUAUAGCUCAUGUCUACGUCCAUUUGAGUAGUCUUAAACAUGCUCUGAUGUUAGGGAACAUCCUCACUCCUCAAGAAACCAAAGAAGCUGAAGAAGAACUACGUGAAUUACCAGGUGAGGAAAAACGACGUAAAGUUAGUUCUGGAAAAUUGAGAGGAAGAGGGAGAAAAGAAGAAGAAGAUGAUGUGAAAGUGGGUAGUUCACAACCUUGGGUAGGGAUAAUGAAAGCUAUACCCGUAGUAGAAAGAUCUGAUGGAUCUUGGAGAGCUUUGGAAAAAGGUGUACCAGUCGAACCCAGUCAAGCAUAUCUCUACAUCUCCCGAGCGUUCAAAGAAUACACAUCUCACGUUAUUGGUGCUCUCCGAUUAUUAGCAGACUCGUGGACUCCUGAUGAACUCAACCGAAUGGGUUUAUCGAUGUAUAACGCUUUCAAACCUGAUGUGGAGAAAUGGGGUCAAAGAGGGACUUUAGAAUGCGCAAAAAUUUUGAACGAAAUGCGUGGUCCAAUCUCGACCUCCAAAUCCGAGCCUCCUUUCCUUGACAACACACCCGACCAUAUCAACCAUGACGAUCGUAAAGAAAUAUCGACGGGGGACUCCAAGUCGGAAGGACAGGGAAAGGCGCUCGAACCGAUAAAUAUGUCUUUGGAGGAAUAUGAAAAGAUGCUCGACGAAGAGACUCCAGGGGGUUAUAUCGAUCCUGGGGAUAUACCAUAA